GCCCUGCAGUGAGCUAGCGGUGCUAAAAACACACAGGCAGAUAAAUGGAGCCGUAAAGCGGAGCAGAGUUUACACAGACUUACAGGCCCAGCACAGACAUGACCAAACCGGCGGAGAGAGCCUGUUACCGUUUCCUGGUGCUGUUUUUUAACUGCAUGCUCACAUUCGGCUCCUACUUCUGCUUCGACAUUCCCAGUGUGCUCCAAGAGCAGUUCCAAGGGAACCUGACGUGUCCGAACUCGACGGUGAGUUCCGGCAGCAGUAAUGGGUCGGAAUGUGUGGAGGGGCUGGGAAUGAGCCCACAGGAGUACAACCUGCUGUACGCCAUCUACGCGUGGACAAACGCCGCCGUGGUGAUCAUGGCAGGAUUCCUCAUCGACAAACUCGGGAACCGCUUCGGCGUGUUCCUGUUCUCCUUCCUGACCGUGCUGGGAUCGGCCAUCUUUGCUCUCGGUUCUCAUUUUAAAGGAACGGAGUACCUGCUGCCCCUCAUGCUGACCGGACGGCUUCUGUUCGGCUCUGGAAACGGAUCACUUACCAUUGUUCAGAACCGUAUCACAGCAUUCUGGUUUAAGGGUAAAGAGCUGGCUCUGGCGUUCGGUCUGACUCUGGCCUUCUCCCGGCUCGGCUCAGUGCUCAACUUCUUCCUCACACAGCGGUUCGAGUCGCACUACGGCAUGCAGUGGACGCUGUGGGGAGGUACGUUGCUGUGUGUGCUGGGUUUCCUCUCUGCUAUAACGGUCAGUGUGCUGGAUAAGAUGGGAAUGAAACAGCUGGGACUGGACGGAACCAUUCAGGAGGAAUCCCGCAAAGUGAGGGUGCAGGAUAUCCGGUUGCUUUCUAGCCGUUACUGGUUGCUGGUCCUCACCAUCAUGUUCUUCUACAAUGGAAUCUUCCCGUUCAUUGCUGACGCCAGUAAGUUUAUCCAGGAUAAAUAUUCAGGCUACGGUCAGAAGGAAGCUGCCUACAUCGCUGGUGCUGUAUACGACAGUUCUCUGGUGUUGUCUGCUGCUGUCGGGAUCCUCAUCGAUUACGUGGGUCUGCGUGGUGUGUUCGCUGUGCUGUGUGCAGUGUUGACGUUGCCGGUAUUCGGGCUGUUGGCCUUCACCUUCGUUCCUCCGCUCGUCUGCACCAUCUGGCUCGGAAUCACCUACUCAUUCGCAGCUGCGAGUAUGUGGCCCUCCAUCCCCCUGGUGGUCCCUCAGGCCACUCUGGGCACUGCAAUGGGUUUGGCCACUUCAGUGCAGAUGAUCGGCAUCGGGAUCUCUAACCUGAUUGUGGGGCAGAUCCUGGGCACCAAGAACAGUGAUGUUAAGAUUCCUCUGUGGCGCUGGCAGCGGAUGAUGAUCUUCAUGCUGGCGAAUACAAUCAGCUGCAUCAUCACCUCAGCCGUACUGAACAUAGUGGAUCACAGACAGGGAGGAACUCUGAACAGGACGACGAAGCGAUCAGCGGUGCAGAACGCAGAGGUGCAGACGGACACGGAGCCGCUGGUGAACGAGGCAGAGGACGGAGGAGAGGAAGACGGGAUCAACACCUCCAGCUCCAUCAACACAUCCUGAACAUCAUCACUCGCUCCAGCAGGGAAUGGAUGCUAAAGGGAAAAACACACUCUGAGCUCACAGCUGUUCCCCAGAGCAGAUUCACACUCAGCCGUACGUUUAAGCAAAUGACGUUUUAUUGAUUGUCUAAGUGUAAAUAACUUGCACAUCCUUUACAGAGACACACUUCUGCACAGUGUAGUACACAGUUACUGUUUAUUUACUGAAUUUAACACACUGGAAUAAAAAUUAAACUUUUGCACAGGCCACAUUUUAUGUUUGCAUUUUUCCAAUUUGUUAAAUUCAGCAAAUAAACAGUAAUUGUCCACUGACCGGGGCGCCCAAACUUUUGCACACAACCGUAUACACAGCGUGUCAAAAGUCUGGGGACACCUAGCUUUUAAAAAUGGUUUUAGUAGAAAUGAUCACGUUUUCUUUGCAGUAACUGACCAUCAUAUUAAACAGAGCUGUUUUUAUCUCAGUAUUAUAUAAACCAUUACAUAAGGCCUGUAAAACUAAAGGAACAGCUGAUAACUGUCCUACUUUGGGAAUAAAGCCAAAGGCCACGCCCAUUUUCUCAUCCGUGCUCAACGCUUUAGCUGUUUAAACCCUUUUUGGGGAAAAAAAAAGCUUCAAUAUGGUCUUUUACAUUAAAAGUAGUUUUGGAAAUCAAACAUUACAUUUGAAAAGAGAACAAAGCUCAAAGCCCAAACUUUUGCUGGGCUGAUCAGAGAGAAGUGUUGAGGAUGAUGUUACAUCAUGGCGAAGCUCCUUCAGUCAGGAUUAAUGCUGCAGAUAUGUGUGUGUGCACAGACGUAUGUUCUGCCUUUUAUAUAAUGGUUUUUGUAGUUGUAUGUGGGGCAUCAGGUGAGGGUAUACAGUGUUCGGUGGUGUUGGGGUGGGAUUUCUCCGUAGUUCAGUGUGUGAGAUGUACUUAGAGAGAUUCAGAGCGGUUUGGUGUGAAAUGGUUCAGAUGUCUUUACAGUGGUGGUGAUAGGAACCAGGGGUCGCCAUGACUACAACACAAAUAUAGACAUUUUAUUUACUAUCCAGAACCACCAGUGAACCUACACGAGUCUUCUGAGUUUAUAUGAAUGUUGAUGAUGGAAAAUAGUGGAAAAUCUGAAAUAAUAAGUUUUCUUUGGGGACUAUUUUGCCUCACAGCGCCCUGCAUGUAUCCCUCCACCAUGAAUGGAGUUUAAGUUCUCUAAACUAUCAUAAAACAGUGUCUCAGUCAUCAGGCAGUGAAUUCAUAACCAUUUCAUGUAGUAACUUUCUGUGAGGGAGCUUUUAGAGGUGGACGUCUGGUUCCUAUCACCACCACUGUGGACAGUUCUGACUCUGUAAGUUUAUCUAGAACGGAUCAUUUCACACCAAACCACUCUGAACUGCUCUGUUCAUAUCUUAUCCAUUUUAUUAAGCAGAAAUUUUGAAAAUUGGUGGAGUUCCCAUCUAACACAGGGUUGAAUUAGUGGCAUUAACACAGAUUUGAUUUCACUGGUGUUUGGUGUGACAACAUGCCUCAGUGGUCACAUGAGUUACCAAAAUAUCAUCAUUAUUAUUAUUAUUAUUAUUAUUACUAGUCGCGCGGUGAGAAACAGUCUGUUGAACUGAAUCUUUUAAGUUGAGGUUAAAGGUCUCUGUUAAGCUGCGAGUGACUGAACUCAUCUGCAUGUUUUAAACCCUAUGAUUUUUUUAUAUACUGAUAAUAAACAUUUGUCCUGUAAGCUGA